AUGCGUUUAUAUCUCAUUUUGUUUUGUUGUUGUUGUAGAUUAAAUGAGAUAGUGGUAGCGACUACACGCCUAGAAACUAUGCUGGCUGAUGUCGCUUUAGUCGUUCACCCCGAGGAUAAACGUUAUCAACACUUAAUUGGUUGUCAUGUUCAACAUCCAUUUUGUCCAAAUAAACGUAUUCUUCCGAUUAUUGCUGAUGGAGAAUUUGUUCAGCCUGAAAUAGGCACUGGUGUUGUAAAACUAAGUCCAGGUCAUAGUCCCAUUGAUUGGCAAGUGGCGAAACGAUAUCAACUUCCUAUCAUUCAUAUAUUUGACGAUUCUGGAUGUAUAUUAAAUACUGUGGUUGAGUUUGUGGGAUUACCUCGAUUUCAAGCACGUCAUCACUUGGUUGAAAAACUUUCUGAACUAGGUUUAUAUAAAGGUAGACAAGAUAUUGGAAGUAAUGGGGGUCGAACUGUACUGCCAGUUUGUUCACGAUCUGGAGAUAUUAUCGAGCCUAUGAUCCGAAAACAAUGGUUUGUGCGAACAAAAGAGUUGGCUGAAGCUGCAGUCAAGGUCGUCCAGUGCAAUCAAAUGGAAUUGAUUCCAUCAUAUCAAAAGUUAGUUUGGUCAGAAUGGUUGAGUCCAGAAAAUCAUAAAGACUGGUGUAUCAGUCGUCAACUUUGGUGGGGUCAUCCUAUUCCAGCAUAUAAGGUUACUUUAUCUAAUCCAGCAUCAACUAAUGAAAAGGAUCAGUGGAUUAUAGCGCAUUCAUUUGAUGAAGUUGUAAGUAGUCUAAUUCAGUCUGGUCUUGAACCAAAUGAUUAUCAAAUUAUACAAGAUCCAGAUGUUUUAGAUACCUGGUUCAGUUCUGCGUUGUUACCAUUUUCUGUAUUUGGUUGGCCAAAUCAUGUGAGGAAGCUUUUAUUUUAA